ACCGGUGCUAAAGGUACGCUCGUCGCAUCAAUAAACUCUAUAUUCAACAUAACGGAGGUGCGAUGGGCGCACCUUUAGCACCGGUGAUAGCUGAUAUAUUCAUGGCUCACUUAGAAACAAUAUUGAUGGACAAACUAGGGUUGUGACAGUUACCAGUUACCAGUACCACCGUCACUCGGUAACUGUAACUGCUGAAUAGUUGACAUUCUUGGUAACGGUAACGGAUAAGCAGUUACCGUACAAGUAACGAUAACGACCAGUUACAAGUAACGGUAGCUGAUCAGUAUAUCUUUCAACAGUCAAAUCUCUAAAUAUCUAGGUAUCCACGGUGAGGGUGACAGUUAAUGUCUAAAUAUCUAGGUAUCCAGGGUGAAGGUGAGGCUACAAACAUUCACCCUCACCGUGGAUACCUAGAUAUUUAGAGAUUUGACUGCUGAAAGAUAUACUGAACAGUUACCGUUACUUGUAACUGGUCGUUAUCGUUACUUGUACGGUAACUGCUUACGCGUUACUGUUACCAAGAACGUCAACUGUUCAGCAGUUACAGUUACUGUAACGCUAAUGGUAACUGCCACAGCCCUAGGACAAACUGAAACAAUAUGGAGUCAUCGAAUGAUUAAGAUAUGUAGAUCAUACGUUCGUCUUAGUAAAACCAUCUACUCAGAUUAGUCAUAUUACUUAUUCAAGUCUUAAAUUCUUUUCAUCCAGAUAUAAAAUUCACGUUUGAAAUGGAAAAUGACAACACAUUAUCAUUUUUAGAUGUAAAAGUUAUACGUUUAUAGAAGGAUAAUCAUUUUCAUACUACAGUCUAUCGGUAGCUCACCUAUACGAGUCUUAUGAUAAAAUAGUCUUCAUUUGUAUCGUUACAAUAUAAGAAGGCAGCAUUAGUCAGUACGAUACAAAGAGCAUUGUCAAUAUGCACAGAUUAUGCUCGGCUCAAUGAUGAGUUUAAUCAGAUUCGUCCAAUAACUAGACAAAAUGAGUAUCCUAGAGCGUUUGUUGAUACAACAACAGGAGUUGGUCUAAAUGAAUGGUAUCAAAGACAAAAUGAAGAUUUAAAAGUAGAUGCACCUGUAAGCGGUUGUGAAAAGAAACGUAUGUAUAUGGAAUUACCCUACGUUGAAAAUCCCAUAAAAGUAUUCUACAAGAAAAUAAAACAUCCCGCCGGUAAAAUUCGUCCGGAUAUUGAUCGGGACAAAUCGGUUUAUAUUAAGACCUCCAUCUCCGUCUCAAACUUUUUUCAAACAAAAGAUCCUGUACCAAAACAUUUACAAUCAGAAAUUGUUUACUCUGCUAAAUGUGGGAACUGUAACUAUAAUUAUGUUGGAAAAACUGAACGUCAGAAGAUUAUGCGAACAUGA